GCUCGCUCGCUCGCUCGCCAACUCGGGCCCCAGCCGCGGGCGGGCGCACGGCGGGCGGGCAGCAUGCUGAGCCUCCUCGUCUGGAUCCUCACUCUCUCCGACACUUUCUCCCAAGGGACCCAGACCCGCUUCAGCCAGGAGCCAGCUGACCAGACUGUGGUCGCGGGACAGCGGGCGGUGCUCCCCUGUGUGCUCCUCAACUACUCUGGGAUUGUGCAAUGGACCAAGGAUGGGCUGGCCCUGGGUAUGGGCCAGGGUCUCAAAGCUUGGCCACGGUACCGGGUUGUGGGCUCUGCGGACGCCGGACAGUACAACCUGGAGAUCACCGAUGCCGAACUCUCUGACGACGCUUCUUACGAGUGCCAGGCCACGGAGGCCGCCCUGCGCUCCCGGAGGGCCAAGCUCACCGUGCUCAUCCCCCCAGAGGACACCAGAAUUGAUGGAGGCCCUGUGAUUCUGCUGCAGGCGGGCACCCCCCACAACCUCACGUGCCGAGCCUUCAACGCCAAGCCUGCAGCCACCAUCAUCUGGUUCCGGGAUGGGACGCAGCAGGAGGGCGCUGUGGCCAGCACGGAACUGCUGAAGGAUGGGAAGAGGGAGACCACCAUCAGCCAGCUGCUCAUUCACCCCACAGACCUGGAUAUCGGACGCGUCUUCACCUGCCGCAGCAUGAACGAGGCCAUCCCCAGCGGCAAGGAGACUUCCAUUCAGCUGGAUGUGCAUCACCCUCCCACAGUGACCCUGUCCAUUGAGCCGCAGACGGUGCAGGAAGGCGAGCGUGUUGUCUUCACAUGCCAGGCCACAGCCAACCCCGAGAUCCUGGGCUACAGGUGGGCCAAGGGGGGCUUCCUGAUUGAAGAUGCCCAGGAGAGCCGCUACGAGACAAACGUCGACUACUCCUUCUUCACGGAGCCCGUGUCUUGUGAGGUCCACAACAAAGUGGGCAGUACCAACGUCAGCACUUUAGUAAACGUCCACUUUGCCCCCCGGAUUGUAGUUGACCCCAAGCCCACGACUACAGACAUUGGCUCUGAUGUGACGCUCACCUGUGUCUGGGUUGGGAAUCCCCCCCUCACCCUCACCUGGACCAAGAAGGACUCAAACAUGGUUCUGAGUAACAGCAACCAACUGCUUCUGAAGUCGGUGACCCAGGCAGAUGCCGGCACCUACACCUGCCGGGCCAUCGUGCCUCGGAUCGGAGUGGCUGAGCGGGAGGUGCCACUUUAUGUGAAUGGGCCCCCCAUUAUCUCCAGCGAGGCGGUGCAGUACGCUGUGAGAGGUGACGGUGGCAAAGUGGAAUGCUUCAUAGGGAGCACUCCACCCCCCGACCGCAUCGCUUGGGCAUGGAAGGAGAACUUCCUAGAAGUGGGGACCCUGGAACGAUACACAGUGGAGAGGACCAACUCGGGCAGCGGGGUGUUGUCCACACUCACCAUCAACAAUGUCAUGGAGGCCGACUUCCAGACCCACUACAACUGCACGGCCUGGAAUAGCUUUGGGCCCGGCACAGCCAUCAUCCAGCUGGAAGAGCGAGAGGUGUUACCUGUGGGCAUCAUCGCGGGGGCCACCAUUGGCGCAGGCAUCCUGGUCAUCUUCUUCUUCAUUGCCUUGGUAUUUUUCCUCUAUCGACGCCGCAAAGGCAGUCGUAAAGAUGUGACCCUGAGGAAGCUGGACAUCAAGGUGGAAACCGUGAACCAAGAGCCACUCACCAUGCAUUCUGACCGGGAAGACGAUACUGCCAGCGUCUCCACGGCGACCCGGGUCAUGAAGGCCAUCUACUCGUCCUUUAAGGAUGAUGUGGAUCUGAAGCAGGACCUGCGCUGUGACACCAUCGACACUCGGGAGGAGUAUGAGAUGAAGGACCCCACCAAUGGCUACUACAAUGUGCGCGCCCACGAAGACCGCCCGUCCUCCAGGGCAGUGCUCUAUGCUGACUACCGCGCCCCUGGCCCUGCCCGUUUUGAUGGUCGCCCCUCAUCCCGUCUCUCCCACUCCAGCGGCUAUGCCCAGCUCAAUACCUACAGCCGGGCCCCCGCCUCUGACUAUGGCCCUGAACCCACAGCCGCUGGCCCUGCUGCCCCUGCGGGCACCGACACAACCAGCCAGCUGUCCUACGAGAACUACGAGAAGUUCAACUCCCACCCCUUCCCCGGGGCAGCUGGGUACCCCACCUACCGACUGGGCUACCCGCAGGGCCCACCCUCCAGCCUGGAGCGGACCCCGUACGAGGCGUAUGACCCCAUCGGCAAGUACGCCACGGCCACUCGGUUCUCCUACACCUCUCAGCACUCGGACUACGGCCAGCGGUUCCAGCAGCGCAUGCAGACUCACGUGUAGGGGCCAGACCUGGCGGGGGCAUCUCUGCGGGGCAGAGGAGAAGGCUUCUCACAGCUGUUCCCUGAUAUUCAGGGGCGUUGCUAAUUGCUCCCUUCUCGGACCAGCCUUCCUCCUCCCACCAAGGCAGGUGGGGAGCAGGUCUCCCAGAAACACCCCGUCCCGAGGAUGGUGCUCUGUGCAUGCCCCAGCCUCCUGGGCCUGCCCUUCCUUCCCUCUUCUUCGGGAGGUUGUGUCUCUUCCGACCUGUGCCCUUGCUGACCCCAGCACGGGGACAGGGAAAGUCAAGGUUGGGGAGAACAGAGGGGGCACUUUUUAGCAUUCCCUUUCUAUCCCGCCCCUGUGGUCUCCCAUAAACAGGCAGGGGGAUACGCAGGGGUUGGCAGGCUUUGACCUAGGGGACAUUUAAGGAUGGGAGUGGGUGGCUCUAGCACAGAUGGAAAACAGGAUAGCCCACUCAGUCCCUUUGUUUGCUUUCUUGUCUUGGGUGCAUCUGUCCCCUCAGGGCACUGCAGAAGGGACCUUGGGUUCUCUGUUGGCUCUUGUCUAUAGAACAGCCCUGGGAGCCUUCCCUCAACUGGUAUCAAAAUGUCAGUCACCCUAGCUGCCACUGCGGAUAUCUGUCAGGGUGCAGAGGGAUCCAGAAAUCUCCAGCAGCACUGCUCCCUUCUUCCCUUCUCCCCCUGUGCUGGGCCCACCCAGAUACGUUGCAAGUGUGGUGGAGAAGGAAAGGUCAGGUCCAUGUCCUGAUGGAUCAGCAAGAGACCACUGUGCGCUGCUGCUGUGUGGCAGUUCCCAGAACCAACACUAGAGGGAGGCCCUCCAGCUCCGUUUUCUGCCCCACUUCCUGGCUUUAACUCUUGAGCCUGCUUGGGGAGCAGUAGGUUGAGAUAGAGGUGUUGCAAGCUAUUUUGCAAAG